AUGGAGGUGGAGGAGGAGGAAAGACGCUCUCCACACGAUCAUGUGGAUCGGUGUGUUCCCGAGAGCUUCUUUGAUCGCGUAACGCAAGGGUUACGCGACGAUCUCGAGCAUGAGCGGAAUAGGCGUCUCCAGAUGGUGGAUACUGCCUCGAAGCAUCGAGCUGAGUUUGCCUUUGCUCAGCUUGAGAACGAGAGAUCUCUGACAUCUCUUCGUGACGAGCUAAGGGUAGCUCGUGGGAUUGUUGAUCGGUCUCGGGCUGAGAUAACUGCUCUUCAGACCCUUGUUGAUGCCCACCAUCGGGAGCACAAGGCUCUCUGCGAGAUGCUUGAGCGCAAGGGCGUUCUUCAUCGGAAGAAGCAGCGUACUGAUGGUACGGCUUAA